UCACUCUGUCAGUAACUUCACUAACUUGGUAUGUCAGUAACUUCACUAACUUGAGUGACACUAGUAGGAGAAUAUUGAACCAGGGAGUGGAGAAUUGGUGGGAUGAAUUGAUUACCUUCUUUAGGAAUUUGAUUGAUCGAUGUUUCCAUAGGGACGUGUUUCAUUUAACUAAGUCGGAGUUUGAAGAAGUGGAAGAGAAAGAUCCCUUCAGCCCCAAGAUGCCCAUUAAGAAACAAGAUGAGUACAUAGUUGGUGCUUUUUCUGACUUUAAAUGUAUAGUUGGAUAUCAAAUGAAUAGAUACUUUCAACGAAAAAGGAACAUAGAUAGUGUUGAUGAGGGGGCAUCGAAUAAUGUGGAUGUUGAUAAGGGGUUAUCGAAUGAUGUGGAGUUUGAUGUCACAAAACUUCCAACUGAUCCUGGUUUAAGGAUACCCAUUUUGGAUUACAAUGCUAACAUCCGAGAUGAAGUUCGAAGAGCAUAUAUGUUAAAGGGUCCUUGUCAGCCCCAAGAUCAUAACUUUCCAAAACGACAAUUUGGAGUAACAAUUAGACGAUUCAAUCCUUCGUGGUUUAAAGAGUUCGGUAGUUGGUUGGAGUACAGUGUAGAGAAGGAUGCUGCUUAUUGUUUGUAUUGUUAUCUUUUCAGAACAAGUUCUGGAAAGCAAGGUGGAGGUGAGUCUUUUGUUGGCGAAGGUUUUACAUAUUGGAAAGAUAAAAAAAGGCUUCAUACUCAUGUUGGGCUUCAUGAUAGUGCACAUAAUCAAGCUCGCAUUAAGUGUGAAGUGUUGAUGAAUCAAGAGCAACACAUUCAAUCAGUUUUCUACAAACAGUCAGAACAAGCAAGAAAUGCAUAUGUUACACGCCUUAAUGCAUCCAUUGAUUGUGUUCGAGUUCUUUUGCGACGAGGGCACUCAUUUCAAGGUCAUGAUGAAUCUGAGGAUUCUCUCAAUCCAGAUAACUUCUUAGUGCAAUAUCAAUUUUUGGCUGCUCAUAAUGAAGUUAUCAAUGCCGUCACAUUGGGAAAUACUCCUCACAAUUGCAAAUUGACAUCACCUGAUGUUCAAAAGGAUAUAGUAAAUGUUUGUGCUAUUGAAACGAUCAAUGUUAUUAUCAAAGAUGUUGGUGACUCGCUAUUUUCUAUUCUAGUUGAUGAAUCUUGUGAUGUGUCAAUGAAGGAGCAAAUGUCUAUUGUUUUACGUUAUGUAGACAAUAGUGAGCGUGUCAAUGAACGCUUCAUAGGGAUUGAACAUGUUACAAGUACUACGGCUCUAUCACUUAAGGCUGCAAUUGAUAAGGUAUUUUCUAGAUAUAACUUGAGUAUGUCUAGAUUGAGAGGACAAGGUUAUGAUGGAGCAAGUAAUAUGCAAGGUAAGUUUAAUGGUCUGAAAACACUCAUUUUGAAUGAGAGUCCAUGUGCCUUUUACAUUCACUGUUUUGCUCAUCAACUCCAACUUGCGCUUGUGGCUGUGGCAAAGAAGAACAUCCCUAUUACUAACUUCUUUGGUGUGGUUGGGAACGUAAUAAAUACUGUUGGACCAUCUUCCAAACGAUGUGAUCUUCUUCGAGAAAAACAAUUAGACUUUAUUGUUGAGGCAUUGGAAAAAGGUGAGAUUUUAAGUGGACAGGGACUUAAUCAAGAAACGGCCCUUCAGCGCUCUGGUGAUACACGAUGGAGUUCACAUUAUAAUUCUUUGGUCAGCUUGCUUGCCAUGUUCUCUUCUGUUGUAGAUGUACUCGCAAUAAUUAUUGAAGAUGAGUCUUGUUCUUGUGAUCAAAGAUCUGAUGCAACAAAUUUAUUGGAGUUAAUACAAAGAUUUGAUUUUGCAUUUAAUCUACAGUUGAUGAGAAGUGUGUUGACGAUUUCAAAUGAACUGUUAAAGGCAUUGCAAAGAAAAGAUCAAGAUAUUGUGAAUGCAAUGCAAUUGGUAAGAUUGUGCAAACGACGACUCCAAAUAAUGAGAGACGAAGGGUGGGACUCCUUUUUGGAAGAAGUAUGCUCUUUUUGUCAAAAACAUUAUAUUCAUGUACCCAACAUGGAUGAUAUGUUUUUACGCCUUGCAAUUCGUGGUCGCCCUCAGCGUAAUUCUCCAGAAAUUACAAAUUUACAUCAUUAUCGAGUAGAUUUGUUCUACUCUGUCAUCGACUUACAACUUCAAGAAUUGAAUGAUCGUUUCUCGGAGGUAAAUACAGAGUUACUCCUUUGUGUAGCUUGUUUAUGCCCACAAGAUUCAUUUUCUUCUUUUGACAAGAAAAUUUUGAUUAGACUUGCUGAGCUUUAUCCAUUAGAUUUCUCUGCAGUAGAUUGUAUUGUACUUAGCGAUCAACUUGAGACUUAUAUUUUUGACAUGCGCUCUAACAAAGAGUUUGAAGGGUUGAAUGGCCUUGGUGAUCUUGCGGAGAAGUUAGUUUUGACAAAGAAAGAUAAGAUUGAGAACUCUAUUGUGUGUUACACUGCUGGUUUGGAGAUUCAACAACUAGUUCUGGGGGACAGUAAUCCUCGAUUUGGCUUGACUUGCAGGUAUCUUGCCGAAGCUCAUGUUCAGGCAAUGCAAUUUGAUGAAGCUGAGACGCUUUACCUUAUGGCACUCGAUAUCCAUAAAAAGAAUGAAUCCUCAGCUUCUCCUGAGGAAGCAGCAGAUAGGAGACUUUUGGGACUUAUUUGUGAAUCUAAAGGAGAUUAUGAAGGUUCCCUAGAACAAUAUGUUUUAGCAAGCAUUGCAAUGGCCGCCAAUGACCAGAAUGCAGACGUGGCUGCCAUUGACUCCAGCAUUAGCGAUGCAUAUUUAUCUUUGGCGCUGUAUGAUGAAGCUAUUUUUUCUUAUCAGAAAGCUCUCAAUAUGUUACAGUUGAACAGAGGAGUAAACCAUGUUACAACCCACAUUAUUUAG